GAAAGUUACAUGGACUAUUGCAGCAAAGAGAAGUUCUUGAAAAAAAAAAAAAGAAAAAACAAGUGACGCGGAAGUGCGCGCAUAAAUAGUUCAAAAAGAGAGGCAAUAUGAAUCCCUUUCGCGAGGGAUAUUCGAUCGUUAAGGGAGCUCGACGAAAAACAAAGAAGAGAAAGAAAAAAAAAAGAAAAAAACAGUCGGAGAAUAAUCCAGCAAAGGGUAGUCUUCGACCGUCAGCCCUCUCCGUUCUCACAGGGUUUCAUCGUAUAGCCUGCAAUCAAGCUCCUCCAACCCCCUGCGAUUUAUAAGAUAGAAGUCCUGAGCCAUGGAUUCUAAAUAUACACGCGCUUUCUGCGUAACGCUGACGCGGCCUUCCACCGACCAUCUUUUCAAUAAUUCGCGUGGCGUUUACCACAAAGUUCUGUGGAGGGUGACGAAAGGGUAAUGCUCGAUCAGUUCGAUAUUCAUCCCCCUCGAUUAAAUAUGAAAAUCGUCGAGUGCGCCUCGACAACGCGAGCGUAAACGCCGGUUGAAACGCCGUCUGAAUAAUUAAUCGGCCACGCGCAAUCGCAGUAAGGCUGAUUUCUCUCAUUCAACCACCUUCCCUCGACGAGUCGAGAUGUUGCUCGACCGAGCUAUAGAUCCGCUAUAGACAGGUGUCUAUAGACUGUCUAUAGACAGUUUCUAGAUAGUUGAAACAGCCGGAUGGAGAACGACAGUCGAAAGCAACGAGCUGUUUGCGGCCGGGAUAUGCGGAUAUAAAUACGUUGUCGUCGUUGUUUUCGAUUAUUCGGACAGUGUCAAGUAAGGGGUGCUGUAUUUUGUGCGACGCGUGUCGUAAAAACGCGCGAGGGAGAAAAAUCAAUCGUGCGGCCGGUGCUCGCCCGGUCGGAACCCUUCAAGUGUAAAGCUACUACGCGAUCAACUUUCCAUUAUUUCCGACGUGCAAUCGCUACUUCUGAUUUUCUCUGCGUCGCUGGUGAAGAGCUAUAGUUCACCUGAAGCCGAAAGAACAUAUCCUAUUUAAGCAACAGUGUGUGAAGUGCGCGUCGAGUAACGGCGACGUUAGUCUCUCUCAUUUUUUCCGCUUUACCGUCGCUUCCUCGCGUUAAUCGUCUUUUAAACGUACUCGCUUAUGUACUCUCUAUAGUCAAGCAGCUAUUCCAGACGGAGUGAAACCUAGUCAGAUAUUGUCACGCACGGCAAUUAUUCCGAUUGAGUUAUCGGCGAGCGAGCUAGUCCGAGCGAGCGUUUUGAAAAAAAUUGGACAAAGUUUGACAGUAUAGUGCUUCUUUUUAGAGACGAGGAUAUUUGCUUGAUGUAAGUUCUAAACGGUCAGUUCGCGAAACAACCCGUUGAUACUCCCGAAUUUUCGCGUCGCACUUCUAUGUGACGUGACCUUCUUUCGCUCAUGAAACGCUAUUCAGAUCAAUAAUCGCUUCCUCCUCCCUUCUUUCAGGUUGUAUGAAAAUGGAGAAUCAACGUGACGAGAUAAUCGCAUAUUAUUAUAACCGUAUCGCUGUCGCACGUUCACCUCUGCAGAAGGCGAUUAUUUGUUAAUUAGUACUUCGAAGUGACUCGCAGCGAAUCGAUAAAGCGACGGCCGCAGUUCUUUUGUUGCAAAGCUUUUUCCUCGAUCCAAGAACUUUUUUUCCACUGAACGUUCCAAACGAACUUUUCCACCCUUCCUAUGGUUUAUCUUCUCCCGACAAUUGAAAAAAAACUAACAUGAGCCUCAUGUGUCUUUCGUUCUGGCGUACGCUUUUUUGAUUGAAAAUAAUCCUCACAAAGCAAUGAGAGAAUCAAACUUGUGCGAACUGACUGUAAAAUUUCUCUUUCUUUCUGAUUUCGGAACCUCUAUUUGAUCGAGGCGAUAUGCAGAAGAAAUCAGCUAUAACGCUAUGACUCAAAUUGUGAUGUCUGCGAAAGUAAGUUACUUGUAAGUUGUACACUGUAAAAAAUUUGUGUAAAAUUCCAUAUAAUUAUGAGACCAAGUAUUAUAGUUGUAAAUUUACACACGUAUCAAAAUGUGCCUUUUGUCUAUAUAAAUAUAUUUUUAUGCGAUAAUUACGUGUAUAAAUUUACAUCUAUAAUAGUUGAUCUCAAAAUUACCUAUUAUAAUAGAUAUAAUUUUACACAAAUUUUUUACAGUGUAAGUCGCAAGAAAUUACUUCGCUAUGCGACAAUUUAGUUAAUUGCAAAUCUAUAAUAAUGAUAGUAGCAAAUACGAAUCUUUUCGAGGAUUUUGACUAAUAUGUUGAAAAACUGUUGUUAAUGGUCCAGACACUAGAUAGUAGAUAUAACAUUUGGAGUUAUUUAAGACCCACCCAAAAUAUUCAGGAAAUAAUGAAACGUUUAUCGAAACAUAUUAUUUAUCAUAGCAUCGUACUACGUUAAUUGAAGUAAAAAUUGUAAAAAUUAUACGGCAAAAAUUACGAUAUCACUUGUUUGUAAAUACUUCUUUUCAGAAAUUGCACUUUUAUCCGACUUUUCCAUAAAAUUCGUUAUCAGCAGUUGUAGGAACUCUAGUACGCUAACAUGCGGGCAUCUUAUCACACAUAGAGGACUUCUGUUCUCGAUCAAGCGAACGAUCUCGCUAUCUAUCUCGAUCGAUGAUCAGUAUCGCGAUGGUCGUCUUCUCAAACGUAACGUAACAUUCCGCGAUUCGCAGCAGCGAUUCGACGAAGUUAAGAAUCGCCGUUAACAUGUGAAAUUUUCAAUUGCAAAUCGAACCGGAUAGUCAUGAGAUAACGUUAGAUCGAGACGUUAAUUCGCGAAUUAAUUCGCCAAUGAUGAAUGUCGCGUGUGACGAUCAAUAAGAUUCGAACUGCCAACGUGCAGUGUGAUGCAUUGUCGCCUAUGCAUUUGCGAUUUUAUUUCGCUAAUAAGACACUGAGAGAUGAUCAGGCAAUCGACUCAACCGGUGAUCUAUGUCUCCAGUGCGAUCGAUGACAAUAAUGUUUACAAAGAGGAAUCGCGUACGUGGUAUAAUAGCGUCUUCAAUGUCGUGUGUGGGAGUAUACGGAAGGAAUGCUGCGCUAGAAAUAGAAUGCGAGUGACUGAGUCGACUCCCACCGAAUUACAAUUAGUGAAGCUCAUUAGGAAAGGCCCUCAAGACGUCAAUGCUCAUCUGUUGACAACCUCUGUUCCUAGUAUUGUGAAAAUAUUAUUAGUCUUUAGUAAAGAUGAUCAACAAAUGGAGAUACUUGCUACAACUGCGAGUAAAUUGGGCUGGAGCGUAUCGGUGGCGAAAGACGCGGAAAAAGCGAUAGAACUCUUUCAAAAUCGUGCUCAUGAAUUGGUGAUCAUCGAUCAUAGGGGACAUCGUGCGACCGAGGGCGAUGCUAUUUGUAGAGCGCUCAGGGCAAGCCCGGUUCAUCAUAAUUCCGUCAUAAUAGCGCUCGUAAAGAAAUCAUACUUUAUGCUCGCUGAUAAAGACCAUAUUGCGGCGUUGAACUUGUUGGAAACAGGCUUUAGCAGAGCUAUGAUAGAAUGUUCGCACGAGGGUAUAUUAAUAAACGAAUUAGUCGGAAUAUAUACUAGCUCGUUAUUGCCGAGAACGCAACUCGCAGCGGCGCAUGCACUGUACUUGGCACUUGACAGAUGUCGCGAUAUGGUUCAUGUAACCAACGAUAAGAACGUUGUACAGUUUCAAAAUAAAGUCAGCGAAAAAUUGUUAGGAUAUACGACAGAGGAAAUGAUGGGGAGAAAUCUGUCGGAAAUAGUGUUCUAUGAAAAUUUCGCUCUAAUGGAACAGCAAUUGAGUAAAGGCCGGGAAUUCGAAGGAAAUAUGAAUUGCAAGAGGAAGAACAACCAGAUGAUCACGAUCAAUUGCCGAAUAAUUCCAUUUUGCACCACGCUGAAGAAACCAACUCAUUACAUAUACGUAUACGACACUACGUAUCUGUCGGAAAAUAUAACGCCGAUAAGCCCAAUUGCUAGCCCGUUGCAUCCUCCUCUAAGAACGAGCAUAUUGUCGAACACGCGAAAACACUCGGACGUCAGAUCUGGUGUAAGCGAGGGCCGCCGGCGGUCCAGCUUGCAGAAACUGCACACCUUGCAACUGGAAGCUCCCAUUACCAAAGUCAUUACGUUACUUUCAAAUGCAGUGACAGACACAACGAAUCCGGAAACAGCGGCACAAAUCGAUAAGGCAAUCGAUAUCUUAAAGACGACGGAACUAUAUGUGCCACACCUCAAGGAGGACAAAAUCUACAAUGAUCCGGUUGCGCAAGAUCUCGUUGGCGCAUUACUUGCCAACUCUCGAACAACGUGGGACUCGAGAAGAUCGUCGGCAGAUUCCGCAAGAUUGUCCACUAUCAGACCUAUCACCGGUCCGACUAAUGCACGUGUGUCUAUGAAAAGUUUCCGUGGACCGCAGGAAAUCGCAGAUGUAUUAGACAACAGUCUCGAAUGGGAGUUUGAGAUAUUUAAGCUCGAAGUACUGACGGAGAAGAGGCCGCUUGUUUUUCUGGGAUCAACGAUUAUGAAUCUAUACCAAGUGCCUGCUAAACUGAAUUGCGACGAGAAAGUCCUGCAGAAGUGGCUGUCAGUUAUCGAAUACAGUUACAAAUCGGAGAACAGCUAUCACAAUUCAACGCAUGCCGCCGAUGUCUUGCAAGCUACCGCGACUUUCAUGCAAUCGAAAAGACUGAAGGAAAUUUUAGAGCCCUUAGAUGAAGUUGCCGCUAUAAUCGCCGCAGCUGCUCACGAUAUUGAUCAUCCCGGACGAUCCAGCCAGUUCCUCUGUAACGCUAACAAUCAUUUGGCGAUACUCUACAACGAUUUGUCGGUGCUCGAGUCGCAUCACGCAGCCUUAACGUUCAAAUUAUCGUUAUCCGAUGAUAACGUGAACAUUUUUAAAAAUCUGGACCGAGACACAUACAAGCUGUUGCGGCAAAAUGUCAUUGACAUGAUUCUGGCGACCGAAAUGACGAAGCACUUUGAGCACCUGGCGAAGUUCAUGAAUGUUUGUAGCGCGAGAAUCGGUGACGGUCAGAUUGAGUCCUAUUCGAAUUCUCUGGACAUGUCUGUGAUAUUGCAACCGGAUAACGUAAUAUUGAUUAAAAGAAUGAUGAUCAAAUGCGCAGACGUAUCGAAUCCGACGCGACCGCUGAAGAGUUGCGUAGAAUGGGCGAGACGGAUUGCCGAGGAGUAUUUCUGUCAGACUGACGAGGAGAAAAAGCUGAAGAUGCCGGUCGUAAUGCCGAUGUUCGACAGACAGACGUGUUCGAUACCGAAAUCGCAAAUUGGUUUCGUCGACUUCAUUAUCAACGACAUGGUCGAGGCUUGGGAUGCGUUUAUCGAUAUGCCGGAGAUGGUGGGCUAUAUGCGGCAAAACUAUGAGAAAUGGAAAGAAUAUAAUGAACAGGGUAUAUCCACUUUACAGGACGUCGAAAAGAUACAACAACAUCCCGACCUGCAAAUACCGCGAUUACCACGGUGAAAUGGAAGCGUGCCAUUUUAUCUUACGCCUCAUUGUGCAUUUAUACACAAUGUUGCGGUUAUCGCAAAGAGGCAUAUGUAUAGUAUUCGUGUAUUUAAAUAUAGAAUAGCGACGUCAUGUGCUUUUGAAUAGUUUCUGAAGAAAAACAUAAAUAUGCACACAAAUACACACACACACACACACACACACACACACACAUAUAUGUAACUUGCUGCUUCAUUAUAUAUUAGGAUAUAUUAUAUAUUAUUUUUAUUUAUAAAUAUAUCUUCAUUUUCUCUGAAUGACUCUCAUCAUGUUGCUACUUUAAGUACGUGACGCACAUCAGCAAGACACAUAUAGCAUAAAGUCAGAAAUAUCUUUGCAGCUUUCGCCACUACGUUAUUGCGAACGAAAUAUUCGCUGCGGCUUCGAUGCGUGUUAGUUAAUUUAAUUUGUACAUCUGAGAGCAGCUAUUGAAUAAAUGAAAAUCAUCAAAAGAUAUCGACUUGAUCUCUAAUCUCCUUUAGCCAGAACUCAAUUUCGUUCAAUUUUGAUGUCGAGCUUCUAUGACAAUGGACUACUUAUAUACGGGAGGAUUGGUAUAACAUUAAAUCGAAAAGAAGACUUAUAUUAAUAUAUAUGUAUAUAUAUAUAUAUAUAUAUAUAUAUAUAUACAUAUAUUUAUAUAUAUAUAUACGUAGAAUUCCACUUUAUUGUUUCUCUUAGCCAAGAAAUGGCAUCGGGCCUAUUUCUAUGCGCUGCAUGAAUACAAAAUUAAAUAGAACCGAGUAAGUAUAAGUAAGUAUAAGUAAAUAUAAGCCGUAUCCAGAUGGAAUUUCGUGUAAUUUCGAUCAAACGAAGCGUAUAUAGAUACGAUCAUACGAAAUACAAAGUCCUUUUUGCUUCUUUUUACGCUGAUACAUGAAGUACGCACUCGCUCUCUCAACCUAAGGACUGCCCUGACACAAGUUGCAUCUGUUGCAUCUAAAGACGAUAAUUAUGUUUAUGCUGUUAUAAACCAAAAGAUCGGUAUAACAUCAAUGAUCCAUCGAGUUACAAGUAUCACGUUAAGAGGAUGCCAAAGUGGACGACGAGCUCCAAAAAUGUCGACAACGUAUGGACAAUCAUUUAAACGUCAUGUCAGAUAAGUAUUAACAUGAUCACGCUACUCUUUUUUGUCGUUCUUGUACAUAUAGGUUUUGUAUACACGUGUGCUGCUUUGUUUUAUCUUAUUCAGCAGGAAUCAUAAACACGUACAUAUAUAAAUAUUUUUCUGCAAACUUUCCGUAUAUUUAGACGUUUCUAAAUUUGAUUGCAAAUGUACAACAAUGUUCUUUGAAAUUUUUCUGAGCGGAGCAAAUAUACGUUUGGCAUGUGCAAUCUUCACAACUUUUGCAUAAGACAAAUAUUUACUGACAAACAGUUAACUGACAACUCGAGACGUCAAUUUUAUAAUUUUUCAUCAUUUUCUCAUAUUGAGUUAAUACACCAGUUAAUUUUAGCACGUACACCAGUUAAUUUUAGCACGUACUUUUACUGUGUAAAAGCAUUUGUAAUUCUGCGUAACCAAUACGACGUAAACUUUGCAGAAAAAGAUUAGUGAAGUUUUCAAGUGUGGCAUCCCCUUAACGGAUGGUUACUAAGUCACAUUCAUUGUAAAGAUUUUUACGAAUGCUGCUGAUGUGUGUGCACACACACACACAUCGUACAAGUUUCACAUCAUAAUUCUCUCUACAUACACACGAUUAAUCAUGGCCGUUUUAUCCAGUAUCAACACAUUUAAUUCUUCAGUAACGACACAUUUAAUUCUUAUUUCUAGACGAAAAAACCAUUAUAAUCGAGUUACUUUUAAAAUUUAUCCGCAGCUUGACACACGGCGUGCACCCGAACACGUAAAUGCCAGUGCCGUAGUAAACACAUAGAACAUUUCACACGUAAUAUUUUCGAUUAUAGUCUUAACCCUCGUUUAAUUAAUAACGGUUCCAGCAACUGCACGGAUUACAGAUCAGCUCCGAUUCAGACACUGUCCGACGAGGAUUAAGGAUUAAUGUUAUUAUACUCGACCAAUUAUUGUUAUUGGCCGAUUGAGCCAAUAGCGAUUGGAUAGGGGUAACUUAAUUAUGAGCUUAUUGUUACUAUUAUAAUGCCACAUAAUAUGAUUCGUUCGAUGGUCUAGGAAUUAAUGCUUAAUGCUUAAAAUUAAAUUACUCGCGUUUUCGAUAUACCUGCCACAAGUGCUCUGACGAAUGUGUGAAUUUAUUGUUUUAUUUUUAAGUGCUUCUGCCUAAUCGCGAAUAAAUAAUUUUCCUUCGCUUUCGGCUAGAAAAUUUCGCAUUUGGAUAUCGAUAAACAUUUGCUUUUAAAUCUGAGACUUUUCGAUUUCAAAUUAAUCGGUUAUAUUUUAAUAACGGUUAUCUAUGCCAGGUUGUCGUAAUAUUGCGAGAAGUUUUCGUUUAUUAAGUUAAUUUAAAAAAUUAAUUUGAUUUUUGAGGUAAAUUUGAGUUCACUUUUGCAUUCAAUGAAAACGGAUUAUUCAUCAACCGGGUGAUCGUCGUGAAGGUUUUAUUUUUUACAACAGUAUAUAAUACACACCAGACUUUAUUAGCAUUAUUACUUGCAUUACGUGUAUUUAACGUUAUUUAUUGAAAGAAGAAUUUGAAUCAUAUUUUCUCUGACCGACCCAAUAACUAAAGAUUUACUCACUUUACGGAGACGCGAGUGCUCUGUACGAAUUAUUCAUUGUUGGUGACCAGUAGCGUAUUUUUAGACGAAACGUGAAUCAAGAUCUAUUUCGUAUUUGAGAUUGUUUCAUUAGCACUUGCUGCCAGUCGAUAGAAUUCGCGAAGUAAUGCCAGUAGCCUAGUGUGCAAUACCUUUCCUUAAUUUUUAUCAUAUCCUUAAUAGUUAUCCUUAAUUAGUAUAUAUUGAUAAUACGUACAUCCUAAGUUUCUUCCUUUUCGUCUUCUUUUCUUUUUUUCUUUUUUUUUAGGUGACGUGCACGUCAUUUUUUGCAAUUUUUAUUUUUUAUCUGGUUAACAUGCUUCUCAUUAUCGACUAUUUUCAUAGAAGGACAAGCAUCGUCUUGAAAAAAAAUGUACCGAAACUUAAAAGAUGGGACAAUGUCUCGAAAAGUCAUAAUAUCGAAAUGCGAAGAUAAUAUCCCGAAUAUAGAAAA